UUGCCCAAACGACACCCAAGGACUGCCAGACUAUGCUGCAGUAGCAGUGCUGCUGAUGCUGGAGACUCUACUUUACUUUCUCUCUCUCUCUCACAAUUCUGUAGCAGAGUCAAAUUUCUGUGUCUCUAUAAGUGCCUUCUCCGUUCUCGCACCACACUACCUACUUGUCUGAAAGGGGGCUAAAAAAGCAAUCCAUUUUCUGAAACAGUGGUGCUGGUAAAGUGGUAACACACUAACACCUGCCAUGAACAGAAGUUUGAACAGAGAUUCCAGAUAUUGUGUUUGUGAUGAUUGCAGAGAAGCAGCUGAUGAGAAGUGGGAAAGACAAAGAAGACCAGAGAGAGAGAGAGAGAGAUGGGCCCUCUAAAGGCUGCAACAGAAAUGAGUGGCAUUGCAGCUGGAGUUCUAUGGAGGGUAUUACAUAUUAGUUGGUUCAUUCCAUGGUUAGAGGUGGCUCUUCUGCAAACAGAUGGAAGGCUUAUAUUUCCCUAAAGUUGGUCAAUAACAGAUGCAGAGAAUGACAAAAGACCAAUUGGAGCAAGAAGCCCUUUGGCAGAGAAAUCAAAGUAAAUUACAGUCUUCUAAUCUGUUCUCUUUGUCAAGGAGAUCCACUGGAAAUGGUUAUAAAUUCUGCAUAUGAAAUACAGUUGGCAGUCUGCUUCAAUGUUACUGUUCUUGACCAUAACUUAUAAUUCUGAAUAUGUAAUAAUCACAUGAUACUAACCAAUUCAGUGGAGAUCGAAGUCACUCAUCUCAUAGUGUACCCUCACUGGGUUAUCAAUUGCUAACCUAAAACCUCUUAAGAAUGGAUUAGCAGGGGUUAUAUAUGAUGCACAACAUUUCUUCGGUAUCCCAUUGUCUAAUCGAAAAUGAUGUUAUUCACUCAUGUCCAAAAAUUUCUGAUCGAAAUCUUAUGGUUUUUGAUGGGAUUCCCUCGUUUUGUUGUUCGAUAGACUAGUACAGUCAGAUUCGCUGGUUUUUAGCAGCCGAAGCCAGAUCAUGGCUGGAUAUCCUUUGCUACCAACAUUGCAGGGAGAACAAAUAAAUGAUAUCCAGGAUAAUUUCCCAAAAACAAAUCAUGGUGGGAUUAUUGGUUCAGAUGCUACAGCUUCUAGAAACAUGCUGCUCCAUAUACUAGCCACUAGAAAUGCUUCAGUUAGUGGUUUUUAUCCUGUCAACAGUGAUUUUCAGGAGCAGUUCGGUGGAGGAGAAUCUCUUUCUUCUAUGCCAUUUCCUAACAUUUUGGAAACAACGAGUACUCUGCAGGAAAAUCUUGAUAGGGCUACAACUUCUGCCCCAUCAACUUUUCAAUUGGAGCAUUUGAGAACUUUUAUUUCAAAUGGCUGUGACAAUUCAAAUUCAUCACUUACAGGCUCUGUGAAUGUUGACUACAAUAGGGGACAUGGUGAUACGGAGUUUAUGGCACCCAAGGACUUCAGUUUGCCCGGGGAAUUGGAUGGUAAAUGGGACUUUGAGAAGUUAUUCGAUUUUCAGGAGCUUAGUGUGAAAAAACCCAUGAGAACGAAUUCUGAUCCAUACUGUUUUGUUGGUAGCUCGUGUCCCAAUUUGUGGAUUUCAUCUAACAAAUCUAACUUCAGUGCAGAUGAUUCAUGCUCCUACUCUGUACCUUGUAAUGAGCUGUCUUUAAGCCUUGCCACGAGCCAACCCUCUAUUACCAGUGUACCCACCAUCCCAGAUCAGUGCGCAGAAAUCAGAUGCCCUGGUUUUACUCGGCCAUCUUUGCAAGAAGUUGGGUUAGCGACGGGAUUGGAUUUAGAGCAAACCUGUAGCAAGAGUAGGGAUCUUUCUCUGAGCUAUGGUUCAUGUAAACCUUUCCACUUCUCACAUAUUUUAUCAGGAUCGAAAUAUCUCCGUGUGGCUCAGCAAAUACUCACUGAACUUGCAAGCUAUUCACUUGAAAAUAUAGACGAUUUUGGCUAUUCACCAGGAAUGAUUGGGACUGGGGCAAAGAUUUCAUUUUCUUCAGAUUGCUCUGGUGUGAGUGAGAUUUCAAUGGAGUCUGAUGAAUCUCCUUACCCUGCUGGAAAAUUCAAUUCUGAGGACCAAAUGGAGUUCCCAUUGCAAAGACAGGAAAUUGAAGCAAAGAAAGGUCAAUUGUUAACACUGCUGCAACUGAUUGAUAACAGAUACAACCAAUGUUUGGAUGAGAUCCAUAUGGUGAUAUCUGCAUUUCAUGCUGCAACUGAGCUGGACCCUCAGAUACAUGUUCAUUUUAUUCUUCAAACAAUCUCUCUCCUAUAUAACAAACUAAGAGAGAGAAUCACAAACCAAAUCCUUGCAAUUGGAGGACUCAGUAGCGGACAUAUUAGAGAGGAGAGAUCUUUCAAGUCAUCCUUCAUCCAAAAGCAAUGGGCUUUGGAGCAGCUGAGGAGAAGAGAGCAUCAUUUGUUGAGACCACAAAGAGGGCUGCCAGAAAGAUCCGUCUCUGUUUUACGAGCAUGGAUGUUUCAAAACUUUCUCCAUCCGUACCCAAAAGAUGCAGAGAAGCAUUUACUCGCAAUAAGAAGUGGAUUAACAAGAAGCCAGGUCUCCAAUUGGUUUAUAAAUGCACGGGUUCGUCUAUGGAAACCAAUGAUAGAAGAAAUGUACUCAGAAAUGAACAAGACAAAGGGACUUUGGACUGGAGAAGGAUCUAAUAUUGUCCAUAGGAAUCAUUUAAGGAUUGAUGAUCAGAGAAUACAAAUGAAUUGACGCCGAUAUGCUCAGAAAUAGCUUCAUGAUUCAUUCCCUCUUGCUGUGCUUUGAUCUUUAUGGCUGGGAAUCGAUUUCACUACCUGGUUCUUAAUUGUGAAAUCAACGAUAUCCAAGAGCAAAAAUGAAUAAGAAGGAUCACAUUUCCUGAUCAUUCAGCAUGAAAUAGAAGGCCUCGCAUACACUGAUGCUUCAGAUUCAGAUGAUUAUUAUUAUUUUUUUCCUAUAAUGAUAAUGUGUUUAGUUGGCUCAUUUUGACUAAAUCUGUUAUGCUAACUUUCAAGUGAUGUCUUAGGCUCAUAGCAAAUUGAUUCGUAUUAAUCAACUCUGCCCAUUAUUCAAGUUAUGUGCAAAUUCGUUGAUAGGAA